CGCCGUUGGGCGGGCGGGCUGACAGCCAGCGGGGCGGAGGGGCCUCCUCCGUGUCUACCUUUGUUGGUAUUUUCUUCAGAUAAAGUCCAUUUCUCUUCGUCGGACCUCUUCUAGGGGAGAGGACUUUUCUUUGUAAAUCCUGGUUCGCGCUGCUCGCGGGAGCCGCUCGCGGUUUCGGAAGUUUAGCGUUUCCCUCGCAAAACGUUGGCGUGCCGAGGGUAAUACUGCCGCUGGAUCAUAAUUGGAGCCGUAAACAAAAAGGCGCAAAUCUGUGUAAAACUGUCAGGAAAGGGUAAAGUAAUGGUGUGUAAACCCAAUCUCUUAAGGGUUACUGAGUGCGAGAAUAUUUAAUUCUCGGGUGUUUUGCAUGGGUUUUCUCAGAAGCCUUCAAAAAGUUCAGAAGUUCAAGGAACAAACCCAUGCUGUUGACACGAAAGAAGAUCUCCCUGCACGGACACAUUAUCCACAUUUGACUGGGCAGUUGUGAGAGAAAGAGGUAACUUUCCCCAUCGCUCUAACCUUUUUUUUAUUUUUUCAUGCAGGUAACUCACCGUUGGGCAUCGUUGAAAUACCCAUUGCAGAAGCAGACAUGUGAAGAGCUAUAUCAGGCUCUCAAGGUGACAUACUGGCUUGAAGAUUUGUACUGCUUUACAGUUCUGUGUGAAGGCAGUGGUUAGUUGCAGCUUCGCAUAAUGGAAGUCCUGUCUCUUUUGUCUGUAGUUCACAUGACUGGACUUUGUACCCAUUUACCUGUAAGUGCGCAGCCAUCUUGUUUGAAAACUAGAGGCAAACUGAAACAGUUCCGUGCUGCAAGGAAGAAGAUGAAACUCCUUGUAUUUCUAAUAAUUUGCCAGCGUGCCAUACACAGUGUCAAAACGCACAGUGCUUCAAAUCCGAAUGUCAUUUUACUGAUGGCUGACGAUCUUGGUAUUGGAGACCUGGGAUGUUACGGGAACAGAACCUUAAGAACCCCUAAUAUUGACAAGCUAGCAGAAGAAGGAGUGACACUUACUCAGCAUAUAGCAGCAUCCCCACUUUGUACUCCAAGCAGGGCAGCUUUCCUGACAGGGCGAUAUCCUAUCAGAUCAGGAAUGGCUGCUUUCUCACGAGUUGGUGUCUUCUUAUUUUCUGCCUCUUCGGGAGGACUUCCUUCUGAAGAAGUAACUUUUUCCAAACUCCUGAAGCAGAGAGGUUACGCAACAGCUCUAAUAGGAAAGUGGCAUCUUGGGAUGAACUGUGAAAGCAGUAAUGACUUCUGUCACCACCCACUCAGUCAUGGAUUUGAUUACUUUUACGGGCUUACCGUGACCAAUUUUAGAGACUGCAAACCUGGCCAAGGCAGCGUAUUUUUAAAAGGGGUUCAGAAAACUCUUGUCAUCCCAAUCCAAAUUGCUGGAAUCACCCUGGUCUCUUUGGCAAUUGUGCAAUACAUUGGCCUCCUCAAAGUACCUUUCCAAGCAUUGGGUUACUGCAUGAUAAUAACCGCUAUUUCACUUGCGGUCUUGAUUUUUUUCUUUUAUCAUUUUCGACACUUGAAUUGCUUCUUAAUGAGGGACCAUCAGAUUAUCCAGCAACCACUGUCCUAUGAGAACCUGACUCAGAGACUGACAAAGGAAGCUGUGCAGUUCAUAGGAAGGAACAGUGAUGCACCAUUUCUUCUUGUCCUGUCUUAUCUUCAUGUUCAUACUGCUCUAUAUGCUUCAGAAAAUUUCAGAGGAAAGAGCAAGCAUGGUUUAUAUGGGGAUGCAGUGGAGGAAAUGGACUGGAGUGUAGGGCAGAUUCUGGAUGUGCUUGAGAAAUAUAAUCUGACUGAUAAAACUCUUGUAUACUUUACAUCUGACCAAGGGGCUCAUGUUGAAGAAAUCUCCAGUUCUGGAGAAGUCCAUGGAGGAUACAAUGGUAUAUAUAAAGGUGGAAAAUCAAUGAACUGGGAAGGAGGUAUUCGUGUGCCAGGGCUUCUCCGCUGGCCUGGAGUGGUACAGGCUGGUGCCUAUAUUGAUGAGCCAACAAGUAACAUGGACAUAUUUCCUACCAUAGUCAAACUUGCCAAGGCACAGUUACCCUCUGACAGAAUUAUUGAUGGACAUGAUCUGAUGCCCUUACUUCAAGGAAAAGUUACUCGGUCCAAGCAUGAAUUUCUCUUCCAUUACUGUAAUGCAUAUUUAAAUGCAGUGCGCUGGCAUCCAGGAAACAGUGAAUCUGUCUGGAAAGUCUUCUUCUUCACUCCAAACUUCAGUCCUGAAGACUCCAAUGGUUGCUAUGAUUCUCAUGUUUGCUUCUGCCAUGGAGGAUUCAUCACAUGGCAUGAUCCCCCACUGCUCUUUGAUCUCUCCAGUGACCCUGAAGAAAAAGUCCCACUGACUCCAGAAACGGAGAGUCGUUUCUACGAAAUCCUCAGGGUCAUACACCUAGCAGUAGACAACCACACCAGAUCCCUCCAUGCUGCCCCUGACCAGUUGUCAUGGAACAACCUUCUCUGGAAGCCAUGGCUCCAGCUGUGCUGCUCAUCUCUCUUUCAGUCUUGCUACUGUGACUAUGACUCAGAAGGGAGCCUGCUGGAGACACAUUCGGGAUAAAAAAGCUGCAAUUUCCUGACAGAAACUGGAACAAGAGAGUGUGGGUAGCUGACUUGAACCACUGCAGUACUAGCUUUCAGAAGGUUUUGUUAUGUAGGAGGACCUGUCUUCAAAUACAUCACUGCAGUAGAAGAGAAUUUCAGUCAAAAAAAUGUGCCAAGAAAAGGAGGGCAAGGCACACCUUUUCUGUCUUUAUAAUGCAAGAAUCAGUGUCAACCACAUGUUGCCAUCCUCAUUGACAAAUGGGUAGCUGUAGCUAUUUUCUAGAUGAAAUUAUUUCCUAGACCUUCAGCUUCAGCUUUUUUUCUUACAUAUCAAGGAAUUUACCUAUAGUUUCUGUCAAUUACAACUAAAAGAUCACAUUUUCCUGUCCUUUUUGUUCAGUGUUAUCCACAAUUAGUAGGACAUAGCAUCAAGUAGAGAGAUAAUAGGAGAGAGCUCCACCUGUAACUAUAAUUUGGUAACUGAUAAGAGUAGACCUGUAACAGUAUCUCUAUCAACAAGCAUCACAGAUAUGAAAUAAUAAACAGAUUGCCAACAAUUUAACAUUGCAUGUGCCAUAAAAAUGUAGACAGAUAUUUAGGGAAAAUCUUGCAUCCACAUUAAAGAUGUGCUCCCUAGCUAGUGUUCUAUUGCAUUUUCUUUUUCAAAAGGAAACCACUUCAAGUGUACCAGUUGCGUGCUUGAGUGUAUACAUAUAUGUGCAAGACAGAUUCGUAACCCCAAAACAACUCAUAAAUCCUUCAAGCCCUGAUACAGACACAUGCUUAUGGUCAUAGCUCAGUUGCUAAAAAGAAAAAAGUAGUUCAUACUUGAUAUCUGAGUUCCAAAUUCACAUGACAUUACAAAGAUAUCUUUCACUAUCUACAUACCAUACCUGUUCUUUCACUGAUGAUUGUAGUGUACAU